AUGAGCGAGGAGGGUGCUGGACUGGAGGGCACCCUGGGACAGAAAUCAGGUCAAGGAAAAAAGAAGGAAGAUGAGAAGAAGAAAGACAAGAAUAACAAGAGGGACAAGAGUGAUGGUGAUGACAAGUGCAAGAAAGGCAAAGGAAAGGAGGGUGGUGCAUCAGCUGAAUGGAUUUGUGGUGGAGAUUUUCCUGAAGGAAUGGAAGCUGGAAAUUUGAGUGAUGACGAGAGAGACGGAGGCAAGAAGAAAGAGAAAGAAAAGAAGAAGAAGUUGAAGAAAAAGAGGAAGGUACUCAACUCAGUUCCCAUUGGCUCCCUGUGGUUUCCAGUUCUUCAUCUUCCUCCUCCUCCUCCUCUUCUGAUAGCGAGGAGGAAAAGAAAAAGAAGGAUUCUAGUUCUUCAUCCUCUGACAGCUCCUCAUCUUCCUCCUCUGACAGUGAUGAUGAUGAAGAAGAAGAAAAAGAAGAUGAAAAAGGAUUCCAGCUCUGAUGAUUCAGAUAGCGAGAAAGACAAGAAGAAGAAGAAGAGGAAGAAGAAGAGAAAGAAAACGGAUUCCUGCUCAUCAGACAGCGAAGACAAUACGAAGAAAAAGAAGAGGGAUACGAAGAAGGGCAAUUCGGACAGCGAGGAAGACAAGAAAAAGAAGAAGGAAAAGAAGAAAAAGAAGAAGAAGGAUAAGGACUCGAGGAAGCGAGGAAGCGAGGAAGACAGGAAAAAGAAGAAGGAUAAGAAGAAAAAGAAGAAGGACUCAUCUGACAGCGAGGAAGACAAGAAAAAGAAGAAGGACAAGAAGAAAAAGAAGAAGCAUAAGAAGGACUCAUCUGACAGCGAGGAUGAUAAGAAGAAGAAGAAGGACUCUUGUUCUGACAGCGAGGAAGAUAAGAAAAAGAAGAAGGGUAAGAAGAAGAAAGAAAAGGGCUCCUCUUCUGGAAGUGGUGAUGAUGAUGAGGAGAAGAAAAAGAAGAAAGACAAGAAGGACUCCUGUUCCGAUGUUGAGUGAGAAUCUAAGAAAAAACAGAAGAAAGAUGACAACAAGAAAGACGAUGGACCUGAGAAUGAAAAGUGUGGAGAGCUGAAAAAGGAGGGGAAACGUGCAGGUGGCUUGGUGAUGGGAGGAGGGUGCAUGGAUACAAAACCAUCUGACGAGGGAUCAGCUGUUCCUCCAAUACCCACCCUGAAGAUGGAAUCCUGGGGGCUGUUGGCGGACGCCAGACCCAACACUCGCCAUGUGUUCCUUUAUAGCUCCUCAUCCUCUCUCAGUCCCAGGGAUAUCAGCCCCUCCCGCCUGCCACUCAGUCCCAUGGAGGCCCUGAUGGGGAACCCAGCCAAGACCAGUGAUCGUGACCCACUGACCGGGAGAGGACCAGCCAGCAGCAGAACCACACUGCUCAAAUCCAUUGAUCUGUUCAGGGCCCUAAGCCUUAUCAGCCUUAAUUAACAUGGAGAUUGGAAAAUAGGUCAAGAUGAUUCAUGCUCAUUACAAUCAGGUGUACAGGCUGAAAAGUGAUCAAAUGUAGAACAUUCUGUCAGAAAUAAAGAAAUCAUGUCAAUAGGUA